AUGAAUACGCCAGGCGAACAAUACACGUACAUGCUUAGCUGUCUACAGAAGGUGAUCGACUUACCCCUUUAUGGAUCAAACAUCCGUAUCAUGUACGAUGUCGGUUGCAAGCUUCGUCUGCUCUGCAGGAUCGGCUUUGGGCUGCAAGAUGGUGAACAUCUAGAGAGACUUUGGUCAUUCCUCAACGGAUUUGUGUCUAUGACACGACAUAUGUCGUCUCUCAACAGACGACUCACGCUGACGAUUGCUCUGAACUUUCACGCCCAACAAAAAGAUGACAAUCUAGGCCAAUACAUCCGCCGCAGAUACGUAUGCACACUCAAGCUUAAAGAAGAUGCGCUGAAAGCUCUAAGACAGUCGGGCGUUAAUGUCAAUGAUGAAGAAGCGAUGAAAGAGAUGGAAGAGAAAUGGGAUAGACACGUCGCCGAAUCCAAAAAAAGAAACGUCGAAAAAGAUGGCAGCAGCAGAUUUGCUCAAACAUGCAGAGCUAUAGAGAAUUUGCGUGUUGCUAUUGCUAUCUAUGAUAUUAUUAAUCAAGCUUUCAAACACCAAGGCAAUGGUAACAUCUUUGAUCAGCUCGAUCGAGUAAAGACAAACUCAUCUGAAAUAUUGUCUUUGUAGGCCACAACCAGACGCAGAAUCUUGCAGGCCAAAGACAAGCAGCGCGAAAUCAAAUUGAAAAGCGCCUCAUAACAUACAACACGAAGAUCAAUGCCGUACCU